CGCACGCUUGGUUGCAAAGGGCUAUAGUCAGAGAGAGGGUGUGGACUUCAAUGAAGUAUUCUCUCCUAUUGUGAAAGACAGCUCUAUUCGCGUCUUGCUUGCCAUGGUUGCACUCAUUCUAUCGGUGUGAUAGGAAGAGAGAAUUAAACGUAGAGCAACAAAAGUCAAUCUGUCUGAAUAACUGAAAGAAUGAGAACAUAGCUGAUCCAUUAAUAACGAGACUUGGGUAGAUGCAACAUUUGAAACAAGAUGGGAAAAACUGCUCCAAUGUAGCAAAUGAAAAUCCAAGGUGCAAUGUUGCAGUUCAAAAUUCCAAGUUGUGACCUCAUGAAGGCUACUCUUAAGUAUUUAGCAGGCAUUGCUGGUCCAAGUGGUUAUGGUUCUAAAACAACUGCAGAACAAGUCACUCAAAUUUGCUCAGUUUCCUUUACUUCUCAGCUUACUGCUAUUAUCACUGGUGCAACAUCAGGGAUUGGAGCAGAAACAGCAAGGGUGCUGGCAAAGAGGGGUGUAAGAUUAGUUAUUCCUGCAAGGGACUUGAAGAAGGCAGCCAUACUAAAGGAAGCCAUAAAAAAGCAGACUCCCUGUGCUGACAUUAUAUUAUUUGAGAUUGAUUUGAGUUCAUUUGGUGCUAUUCAAAGAUUUUGUGCACAAUUCUUGUCUUUAGGACUGCCUCUUCACAUUCUCAUAAAUAAUGCUGGCAAAUUUUCACAGAAGUUGGAAUUUUCUGAAGACAAAUAUGAGCUCACGUUUGCCACAAACUACUUAGGUCAUUUUUUUCUAACAGAGAUGCUAGUAGAUAAGAUGAUAGAGACAGCAGAGCAGACAGGGAUUGAAGGAAGGAUUGUAAAUGUUAGUUCUGUAGUUCACAAUUGGGUCAAAAGAGAUCAAUUUUGCUUCGGCCAAAUGCUCAAUCCUAAAAGUUACAAUGGUACUCGAGCAUAUGCUCAGUCGAAAUUGGCCAACAUUUUACAUGCCAAGGAAUUGUCAAGACAGCUAAAGGCAAGAAAUGCAAAUGUAGCAAUCAAUGCUGUCCAUCCAGGCAUUGUGAAAACUGGAAUAAUAAGGGAUCACAAGGGCUUUAUAACAGAUUCUCUCUACUUUAUGGCAUCAAAACUUCUAAAGUCAACAUCACAGGGUGCAGCAAGUACAUGCUAUGUAGCACUGAAUCCACAAACAAGAGGAGUAAGUGGGAAAUACUUUGCAGAUUGCAACGAAUGUCACUGCUCAGCUUUAGCUAAUGAUGAAAUUGAAGCUCAUAAACUUUGGAAACACACUCGUGCCCUAAUUCAUCGCAGAUAAUUUCCACCUUUGGAAUGAGAAAAACAUGUUCUUGAAGAAUUUUUUGGGAGAAGAGGCCUGUAAAUAAAUAGAUAUAUCCAUGAAGAUAGAGAAGAACACACUAGCCCAUUCCCACAUAGUUUGAAUCACUACGAAGUUUCAAAUAUUAAAAAAAAUGUGUGAUUCUUUUUCAACAGAUUAAUAAGGUAAUAGUGAACUGAAACAGUUGUACUACUUACUAGUUUAGCAUGAAUUUUCACUGGAAUA